ACGCUCAUUUUUUACGUUGUGAGAAGUUUACUUGCAAGCCAAAGGAGCCAUUUUUCAGCGAUGUGAGUUUGACUGAGUUGGGAGUUGGGCGGCGGGGUGUCUGGUGGACGAUGUGAACCGGCAACUGCGUUGACUCGGGGCCCGGUAAAUGUUGAGCGGAUCAGUCAUUCAGCUGAGGCCGGGGCGUUUGAUUGUCCAUGUCACCAGAUAUGCUGGAGACCUUCGCCUUAGUGAUGUUACAAUUGCUUGUGUUCUGGAACUCUGAGCAGUGGCUCUGAAAACACCAAUCGUGACAACCAACUCACGCACUGAGCUGCCACCACAUCUGCCCAAUCUCACCGCGGAAAGCCCUUUGGUCUCAACGCUUCACUAUGGAGGAACCUUCAACCUCGACCCGACAACUAAGACAGAGCACCAUGGAGAGGAAGAUGAGCGCAAUGGCUUGUACCAUCUUUAAUGAGCUUCGCCUUGAAGGGAAACUAUGCGACGUGGUGAUCAGGGUGAAUGGCAUCGACUUCAACGCCCAUAAGAACAUCUUAUGCAGCUGUAGCUCCUACUUUCGCGCCCUGUUUACAAGUGGCUGGAACAGUAUAGAGAAGAAAGUGUACAACAUUCCCGGCGUGUCCCCAGAUAUGAUGAAGUUGAUUAUAGAGUACGCAUACACUCGGACAGUGCCGGUGACGGUGGAGAAUGUGGAGAGGCUCCUCGCCGCGGCCGACCAGUUCAACGUGCUGGGCAUUGUCAGGGCGUGUUGUGAAUUCCUUGAAUCCCAGCUGUGCCUGGAAAACUGCAUUGGGAUCUGCAAAUUCGCGGACUAUUACUUCUGCCCAGAGUUGCGACACAAAGCCUACAUGUACAUCCUGCACCACUUUGAGGAGAUUGUGAAGGUGAGUGAGGAAUUCCUUGAGCUUUCCGCCUUUGAGCUCAGAGACAUCAUUGAGAAGGACGAGUUGAAUGUGAAACAAGAAGAUGUGGUGUUUGAUGCCAUUCUCAAGUGGAUUGCCCAAGACCCAGACAUCAGGAAAAAGUCCAUUGUCAUACUGCUGCCCAAGGUGCGACUGGCGCUGAUGAACGCCGAGUAUUUCAUGAACAACGUGAAGAACAACGACUACGUGAAGGACAACGACGACUGCAAGCCGAUCAUCAUCAACGCGCUCAAGGCCAUGUACGACCUCAACAUGAACGGCCCGUCCAACUCGGACUUCCGCAACCCGCUCACCAGACCGCGCCUGCCCUUCUCCAUCCUGUUCGCCAUCGGCGGCUGGAGCGGCGGCAGCCCCACCAACGCCAUCGAGGCUUACGACGCCCGGGCCGACCGCUGGGUCAACGUGACAUGCGAGGAGGAGAGUCCCCGGGCUUACCACGGCGCCGCCUACCUCAACGGCUUCGUCUACAUCAUCGGCGGCUUCGACAGCGUGGAUUACUUCAACAGCGUCAAGCGCUUCGACCCGGUGAAGAAGUCGUGGCAGCAAGUCGCCCCCAUGCACUCCCGCCGCUGCUAUGUCAGCGUCACGGUGCUGGACUGCUUCAUCUACGCCAUGGGCGGCUUCGACGGCUACGUCCGGCUCAACACCGCCGAGCGCUACGAACCCGAGACCAACCAGUGGACGCUCAUUGCCCCAAUGCACGAACAGCGCAGCGAUGCCAGCGCCACCACCCUGCACGGCAAGGUCUACAUCUGUGGAGGAUUCAACGGUAAUGAGUGCUUGUUUACAGCUGAGUUCUAUACCCCAGAAACCAACCAGUGGACAACCAUAGCACCGAUGAGGAGCAGGCGUAGUGGUGUCGGUGUCAUAGCUUAUGGUGAAUGUGUGUAUGCAGUUGGAGGGUUUGACGGUGCGAACCGCCUGCGGAGCGCCGAGGCUUACAGCCCCCUCACCAAUACCUGGCGCACCCUGCCCACCAUGUUCAACCCCCGCAGCAACUUUGGCAUCGAAGUGGUGGACGACCUCCUCUUUGUGGUGGGCGGCUUCAACGGCUUCACGACGACGUUCAACGUGGAGUGCUACGACGAGAAGACGGAUGAGUGGUACGAUGCCCACGACAUGAGCAUCUACCGCAGUGCCCUGAGCUGCUGUGUGGUGCCAGGACUCCCCAAUGUGCGGGAAUAUGCAGCCCCCAGGGACAGUCUGCUGGGUUUACUGUCCCGCGAGGAACAAAUAAAAUACUCUGCCUCCACCAGUCUUUUAGCGGUAUGAUCUCUGCAUGACAACUCAGUUACUCUUUUACUGUUACCAAUAAAAUAUUUUCCUGAAGAAUCAACAGUGUAAUAACCAUAAAUAAAACUUAUUUUUAAAUAAAAAUUUUAGCAUGGUGUG